CCUCUACCUCUUUUUUUAUUUUUUUUUUGUUACUUUUUUUAUAGUUUGGACCACCCUUAAAUAAGGAAUAGCUCCUUAAUAUUAUAUCUCCUUAAAUGAUGUCUAUUCUCAAGUCAUGUUUCAAAUCAGUAAAUAAAACCAAGUUGGAAUCAUUAGCUCAAGAUAUUAGUUAUGUUGCGAUUGGUUCAAGAAUAAGCCAUUUGAUCGAUGUAUGUUCAGUGAAUAUGGAUCAAGCAAAAAUUUUAUUAGAUAUAAGAAAAGACCACCCUUCACUCGUUCUACUCCAAUUCAAGGAUCGGUUUACAUUUGUUUGUCACAAAAAAAGAUUAAGAGAAUACAUUGAAUCGACAUUAAAUAACAAUGUUCAAUUGACCUUUGUUGAUGUUCAAGACAAAGAGCCAAUCAAGACAAACUCAGUACCCAGUCAGUUAGUUUAUUGGUUACAGAAUCAGUUAUUACCUUUUUUGUCAAAUCAAGAUACACUUUACUACUCUCCCAUCAUUCCAACUUGCAUGGUAGCAGUGACUGGUUAUAUAUUAGAAUAUCCCGUUGUCUACACAACCCACCUUGUCACCGAUGAUCCUCGGGCUGAGUUGGAUGAGUGGGAAGUAAGAACUAACUGCUUGGGAAAUCGAACAUUAAAGGUGUUUCAAGUUUGGGUGUCAAAUCAUUUAUUGAUGAGCUUUAGCAUUCCUCAAGGUUUAGAUAUUGAUAACAAAGAAAUAGAACAGGGCCUUCAAACCAGAUAUCCAACAUGCCAAAUAAGAUCACAUACAGUCAAGAUGGAUAGGUUCGCACUUUAAUAUUUAUUACUAUUGUUAUCAUUAGUAUUAGUAUU